AGAAUUCGGGGUGGGGGGUGUUCAUUGUGCAGAUAUAUUAGGUAUUUCGUUAUGAAAAGAGCUUAAGCUUUUCUGAGGAAAGGAAAGGAAAGAAGGGCCAUAAGGAGUUGCUGUGAAUAGGAAGGACAGCGUUUGAAGCGAGAGGGAGAGGGUGCUACAUUCUAGAGAAUAUGAAGAGAAUGAAUAUAGAAUAGACAGAUGUAGUAGAAUUAAUAAAUGUUGGCCCAAAGACUAAAGAGUUAUUCCAGAUGGGCCAGGAUGGCCUACUUCCGAACCCGUUUGGGCUCCUCUGUAGAUGACAUCUGGCUAGAAGAAGAAAUCAAGAGCUUGGAAAUUUAAUCAAGUGGUCUGACGGGAUGGGCAUUUGCUUGACAUAUCUUACAGAGGAAUUGGACGGCAUAAAUGAUUAAGGGGAUAUUGAAGGUCUCUGAAACCUAUGAAGGUAGAAACUCAACAUGAUUUCUUUUUCAAAUCUACAGCAUUUCCUUUCUUGAAGUCUUCAUUUUUACCAUAAUUGAAGGCAGUUGUACUUAAGCAUGAACAUUGACGACAAACUGGAAGGAUUAUUUCUUAAAUGUGGCGGCAUAGACGAAAUGCAGUCUUCCAGGGCAAUGGUUGUAAUGGGUGGAGUAUCUGGCCAGUCUACUGUGGCUGGGGAUCUGCAGGAGUCAGUACUUCAAGAUCGGAGUAUGCCUCACCAGGAGAUCCUAGCUGCAGAUGAAGUGUUACAAGAAAGUGAAAUGAGACAACAGGAUAUGAUACCACAUGAUGAACUCAUGGUUCAUGAAGAGACAGUGAAAAAUGAUGAAGAACAGAUGGAAACACAUGAAAGACUUCCUCAAGGACUACAGUAUGCACUUAAUGUUCCUAUAAGUGUAAAGCAGGAAAUUACUUUUACUGAUGUGUCUGAGCAACUGAUGAGAGACAAAAAACAAAUCAGAGAGCCAGUAGACUUACAGAAAAAGAAGAAACGGAAACAACGUUCUCCUGCAAAAAUCCUUACAAUUAAUGAGGAUGGAUCACUUGGUUUGAAAACCCCUAAAUCUCAUGUCUGUGAGCACUGCAAUGCUGCCUUUAGAACGAACUAUCACUUACAGAGACAUGUCUUCAUUCAUACAGGCGAAAAACCAUUUCAAUGUAGUCAAUGUGACAUGCGUUUCAUACAGAAGUACCUUCUUCAGAGACAUGAGAAGAUCCACACUGGUGAAAAACCAUUUCGCUGUGAUGAAUGUGGGAUGAGAUUCAUACAAAAAUAUCAUAUGGAAAGGCAUAAGAGAACUCAUAGUGGAGAAAAGCCUUACCAGUGUGAAUACUGUUUACAGUAUUUUUCCAGAACAGAUCGUGUAUUGAAACAUAAACGUAUGUGCCAUGAAAAUCAUGACAAAAAACUAAACAGAUGUGCUAUCAAAGGUGGCCUUUUGACAUCUGAGGAAGAUUCUGGAUUUUCAACAUCACCAAAAGAUAACUCACUGCCAAAAAAGAAAAGGCAGAAAACUGAGAAAAAAUCAUCUGGGAUGGACAAAGAGAGUGCUUUGGAUAAAUCUGACCUGAAGAAAGACAAAAAUGAUUAUUUGCCUCUUUAUUCUUCAAGUACUAAAGUAAAAGAUGAGUAUAUGGUAGCAGAGUAUGCUGUUGAAAUGCCACAUUCUUCAGUUGGAGGAUCACAUUUAGAAGAUGCAUCAGGAGAAAUACACCCACCUAAGUUAGUUCUCAAAAAAAUUAAUAGUAAGAGAAGUCUGAAACAGCCACUGGAGCAAAAUCAAACAAUUUCACCUUUAUCUACAUAUGAAGAUAGCAAAGUUCCAAAGUAUGCUUUUGAACUUGUGGAUAAACAAGCUUUACUUGACUCAGAAGGCAGUGCUGACAUUGAUCAAGUUGAUAAUUUGCAAGAGGGACCCAGUAAACCUGUGCACAGUAGUACAAAUUAUGACGAUGCCAUGCAGUUUUUGAAAAAGAAACGGUAUCUUCAAGCAGCAAGUAACAAUAGUAGGGAGUAUGCACUAAAUGUGGGUACCAUAGCUUCUCAGCCUUCUGUAACACAAGCAGCCGUGGCAAGUGUCAUUGAUGAAAGUACCACAGCAUCCAUAUUAGAUUCACAGGCACUAAAUGUGGAGAUUAAGAAUAAUCAUGAUAAAAAUGUUAUUCCAGAUGAGGUACUACAAACUUUGUUGGAUCAUUAUUCCCAUAAAGCUAAUGGACAGCAUGAGAUAUCAUUCAGUGUUGCAGAUACUGAAGUGACUUCUAGCAUAUCAAUAAAUUCUUCAGAAGUACCUGAAGUUACACAGUCAGAGAAUGUUGGAUCAAGCUCUCAAGCAUCCUCAUCAGAUAAAGCCAACAUGUUGCAGGAAUACUCUAAGUUUCUGCAGCAGGCUUUGGACAGAACUAGCCAAAAUGAUGCCUAUUUGAAUAGCCCGAGCCUUAAUUUUGUGACUGAUAACCAGACCCUUCCAAACCAGCCAGCAUUCUCUUCCAUAGACAAGCAAGUCUAUGCAGCCAUGCCCAUCAAUAGCUUUCGAUCAGGAAUGAAUUCUCCACUAAGAACAACUCCAGAUAAGUCCCACUUUGGACUAAUAGUUGGUGAUUCACAACACUCAUUUCCCUUUUCAGGUGAUGAGACAAACCAUGCUUCUGCCACAUCAACACAGGACUUUUUAGAUCAAGUGACUUCUCAGAAGAAAGCAGAGGCUCAGCCUGUCCAUCAAGCUUACCAAAUGAGCUCAUUUGAACAGCCCUUCCGUGCUCCAUAUCAUGGAUCAAGAGCUGGAAUAGCUACUCAAUUUAGCACUGCCAAUGGACAGGUGAACCUUCGGGGACCCGGGACAAGUGCUGAAUUUCCAGAAUUUCCCUUGGUGAAUGUAAAUGAUAAUAGAGCUGGGAUGACAUCUUCACCUGAUGCCACAACUGGCCAGACUUUUGGCUAAAAAAUAAAGUGUAAAUAAUACUGGCACUUUAGAACAGAUUAAUCAAGAGCGGGGUUACUCUGUGUAAAAUGGAGUGCUGUACAGAUUAUGAGCAAUGUGUUAUAACAAGUUAAGAUGAUAUGAAUAGCAAGAUAAUCCAAUAACUGCAUUUUGUUUGGUUAGUCAGCAUUCUUUGAACUGCCUUACUUGUCACCUUUACAGAAGUAAUGCAUAAGUUGUUUUAGAUCAAAAACUUGCUAUUCUGCCCACACCCAAGUUUAAAAGGACGAAAAAAAAAAAAAAGACUCGCACAAUUGUUUCCUAACUGAUAACAUUGUACAUUCUUAGGAGAUUAGUAACUGUGUGAAAUUUACUCAUACUGUUUCUAAGUUUUUCAGCAUAGUCAUUGCACUUCAGCAGGGAAUCUGAGUAUUCUUUACAGAGUAAACUUAAAAGUUUAAAUGUCAAGAAAUUAUGGCUUAAAUUAGUGUAUCCUGUAGGGGGAAAAAAGAAACCAACUUUUUAAAAGAAUGAUAAUGCCAUAUGCCCUUGAUUUUAAUUUUGCAUUAUAUCUAUAUGUUUUUUUUUUUUAAGUAAUAAAAAUCUCAGUUUAAGACUCCACUAUUUAAAAGCCUAAUUACUUUUAAAAUAUGCAUACUUUCAAAUCUUAUCAAAAUAACUGUUGACACAUUCACUUCUUUGUGGAAGUAUGCAUAUUGGUGUCAGUUCCUUUGUACAGGUGUACUUAGAUAUUUUUAUGAUUUUUUUCAUGUGCAGGUAUCAAGGUUUUGAAGAUUUAGUAAAAGAUAUUCUGUAGAUUACAUUCCCAAGAACGUAAUGCUUACACAAAAUGUAUAUUCCAUGUUUUAAAUCUUCAUUGUAUUUUCCUUUACAUAUACACUUCAAUUAACAUAGAGCACUUAGAAUCUAUUUGGUAUUUUUUGAUUUUGCAAAGUGAAAAAAAAUUUAGAUUUCUAGAUUUGAAAUGGUUGUGUCAUAAUCAUCAUCUCAUAAUUGACUUUUAAUUAUUGGCAAUAAAAGGAAAUUGGGUAUCUUUGGAACUGUAAAACUUGGUUUAAUCUUUUUCUUUCUAAAAUCUUGAUAGAUUGAAUCAUUAAACAAUAUCCAGAGAAACUAAAGAGAUGGGCAUUUUAAUUGCUUAUUUUAUUUUGAGUUACUUUUAAAUGAACACUGUUCAUUACAAUUUUAUGAACCAAAAGUGUUUACUAAUUCUAGUAACUACAAUUUCUUUUUCAGCUAGAUGAGUGAUUGGAGUCUUUUUGUUGCAUUUCAAAAUCUAAAUAAACUACAGACUUUAUGCUUAUACCAUGAAUGUUUUUUUUAAUACUUUGUCUUAAAAUAAUACAGCAUGGUACAAUAAAUAGUGCAUAUAUAUAUGUAUAUACUUUUCUAAGGAAUGAUGGUUUGAAUUACACAUUGGACAGUUUUCAUUUUGGAGAAAAAGUUAUUAUUGAUCUUACUACUCACUUUAAUUUGUACCAGCUUAAAAAAGAGUUCCCCACUAUCUUUGUCACAAUGCACAUAACUGAUACAGCACCAAACUAAUUUAAAAUUAACAGCCUUGAAAGAUAAAACUGCAUUGUUAAUUUUCUGUUUCAUUUUUGUAUUGACCUUGUAGAUCUUUGUUCAUUUCAGUAUAGAAUAUCAUACAUUUAAAUUAUUUUAUCUUUUAUUUAAUAUUGCUCUAAGACUGUUCUCCUAAAGAAAGGGAAUGAAGAAAUUCCCACCCUUAACGCCUUUUACAUUUAUUUUGAAUAUAUUGGUGUUGGAUGAUAAGGAAUACAAGUUAUGUUUAAUUUGGUUUCCUCUCUACUUUGGUUGUUAAGCUUUGCUUAAAAUACUAAUUUUCUCAUUUGACAGCUUUCUUUGCUGCCAGAUUUUUCAAGAUUUUUUUUUUUUAAGUUCUGCCAUUAUUGAUUCUUAAGAAUGUGUAUGUUGUGUUGUAUGUCACAAUUAUAAGAAGGCUUUGUUCAGCUGAGAUGUUAAUGGAACUGUGCUCACCCUAGGGAGACAUUUCUAUUUUUCUCACUCUACUGUUGAUAAUAGCUUUUUUAUUAUUGAGUUGUUUUAGCUUGAUAAAAAAAUGUAUUCCAUUGAGAACUUGAGGUAGUUCUUGAUACAGCAUAAAGUAUUUGUUUUAAUGCCACCAGCACAGUUUUUAAAAUGGGACACAACUGCUAGGCAGUUGAAUAAGGAAGUUACGGUAAGCCUAGGGAGGAAUGAGUUUUUAAAUGUUGGUUAUGUAAGCAGAAUGUCAGUUAAUGCAUUUCUGUCUUCAACACAUCUCUUUAUGAUGGCAGACUUUUCUACCACAUUAGAAGCAUUUUUGAGAUACUUUGGCAUAACUUAUUGACUUACCAUUUAAAUGUAGUCAUCACUCUUAACUGUGAAAUACUGAAUGCCUACCAGAGUUACCUUGCAUUGUCAUCGCGUAGUAAGCAUCUCAGCAGUUUGAUUUUCUGCACCUGGUUCAGAAGGUUAUUUAAUUUCUAUCUGGGUAUUAAUAGAGAAAGCAAAUAGCCUUCUGUGCUACUUUAGGUCAUAAUAUUGAGGAUAUAUAAUAUGUCACUUUUCAAUUUGUGUUUCUCUCGUUGAACAAAUUGUUCUAUAAAAUACGUUCUCACCUCCUUAAGCCUUUGGUUAGUGUGAGCGAGGUAUCUACUCUUUCACUUAGCACUUACUCUAAAGAUUGGAAGCAGCUCAGAUUAAAUAAAGGUAAUCACUUCUUGAACAUCUGAAAGGGUGGUAUGUUGUUUUUUUUUAAAUUUUUUUUUAUGACACACAUAUUUCAUCUGGCUCAUAGUAUUUGAGUGGCUCUUAAAUUUUUGGAUCUACUUGCAAUUUUUCUAUACCCCAGGAAUCUAUCCUUUUAGCUCUGGCUAAGGACUGUCCAUGGUUGGGUAAUUUUCUCUUUUUGAAAGGCAGAGAGGCCUUGUACUCAGGACAGGCUUUCAUUUCUACAGGUGAGAGAAACUUGCAAAGUGCCAGCUUGGCUAGAUUCUUUGCCAUUUUUACCUUUUUAUUAAUUUGGGUUUUCUAAGGGCUGUUAAAAAAAAAAAAAGCCGGGAAACUUUCAAAGUAGCUAUUACUUUAGUACUAUAUAUCUUAGAUGUAGAACGUUUUAAACUAGAUUUCUUUUUUCCACAGUAUAUUUACUUGAAGAAGCACUAUUAUAAUCAAUGAAAAAAUUUGACCCUGCAAUUUAAUUUAAACUUUUUCUGUUUCAAAUUGCUUUAUUUCAGGGAAAUAAGUUUCCAGUUUUUUGCUGUAUUCUGCAAAUAAAAACCAUGUUUCCUUUUUUCACUUAAAACUUUGGUAGGAAACAAACUAAAGCAGACAAACAUUUCUUGUUGUGUUUGUUGCUUUCUUUAAUCCAAUGGAUAAAAAAGUAAAACCCUGUAAACAUUAUUUUAUUUUUUUAUGCAAUACCAUGCUGUAAAUAUGGUUCAUCAAAUAAGGAUGUACCUAUGAUUGAAUUUUUAAUUCUGCACAGUUAGAGUUUAUAUAUAAAUGUGUCUUGACAAUCAAGGACUUUUAUGUGAGUCUUCCUUUAUAACGUUUAUUAAUGUUAUGCAUUCCAUUUGUUUUGAAGUGAGUACCAAUGUGCUAAUUUGUAUUGUUUGAAAGUAUGUAAUGUUUUUACAGAUUGUUUUUAAGAACCUGUAAAUAUGUACAAAAAAAAUCACAGUACUGCUUUAUGUUAGAAGGCAUAUGAUGUUGUACUGUAUGUAAGCAAUAAUACAUAGCAGUGCUAACUUUACAAAUAGCAUCAGGAAAGUUCUAAAACAUUUCAGAGUUAUCCUUAUUUCAUUUAAUAGUGAUUAUCUUUAAUCAGUUUUUAUAAACAAAUUCCAUUGUUCCUUCUAUUGGAACCUUACACUGUUUACACAGCAUAAUUGAAGUUGCAGAGGAGACAGGCUACAUCUGACUUCGUCUGUACUCAUUUUCACUAAGCAUUGAAUGGCCUUACUACUCUUCUGCAAGAUGAAGGAAGACCACAAAACUUAGUGCCCAUCACACUGAAGGAAGGGGCUGUUCCUCUCUAUCUCUCUCUCUCCCUCCCUCCCUUCCUCUUGUCUGUCUCCUUUUCUCCCUUGCUUCUGUACUGCUUUGUGGUUUCCUUUGGAUUUUAACAUUUAUUUCUGUUUUAUAUUCAAACCCAUAGGUUUUGAGGUGACAUCCGUUCCAUUGUGAAUAGAUAGUUCUCUUCAUAUUUCAUAACUACAAUUCAAUAAUCCUAAACUUUCUGCUUUGAUUUUUAAAUACUUACUCCUCAAGCUUGAUUCUUCAUCUGUUCAGAUGGAUUUAUUCAACUUCAAUACAAAGAAAGACAAACCUAUUGUAGUUUGAAUUGAGUAGAUAUUAUACUGUACAGAACAGCUAUUUGAACACACAUCACUGCUUUAGAAAUAAAACCGCCAAUUUAUAAAUGUAUAUGACCUACAUUUUAUAGGAGAAAUGUUUUUAAAUGCUAGUCAUUUAUAUAAUGUGCUUUGAGGGAUUUGCUAGUCCACUUCUGUCACUUUUUAGUACACUGGUAUCUUUUAUAUGUAAUGUAUGCUUUUUAUUAUUAUAGCAAAGCAUUUCAGUAGAAAGAAUUUUGCAACAAUAUGGGGAAAUUUUUUCAUUGUUGGAUUUGAAUUAUACUGGAUUUUAUCUGUGUAGUCUUUACUUGUCUUUAUUUUAAUGCUGUCUAGAAGGGAACUUGGUAUCCAAAUAAAGCAGGUAACCUCAUUUUACUUCAAGGGCAUACUGUGUAGUGCUAAAUUUAAUCUGGAAAUCUUCUGAUGGUUUUGAAAAGAAAAACAAGUUUAUAAAAAUGUACAGAAGAAAUUAUAUGUGUGAUGGAAAUCCUGAUAGAGCACGUUGAAUUUUCUGAUAUAUAGUGUUAUUUUCCUGGGAUUCCCCCAUGCCUUCUUUGUAUUUCAACUAAUAAAGGAAAAAAUCUUGUCAUUGAAGCUGGUAGGCUAAUGAGAUAUUCUGCUUCUCCAGAAUUACUUUUACCCCAUUUACUGACCCUUCUCAAUUACUGUGAAAUUUUAUUUUCUAUUUCCUAUUGAUAAGUGAACAUGUAUAUAAUAGAUAUACUAUUGUAUAGAACUGAAAGAAUUAGGUUGCUAUGCUUGAAUGGGCAACUAAGCAGAAAUACUAUGGAUAUUGAGAAUUGACAAAAUGCCAAACCAAUUUUGCAGGAGGUGGGGAGGGUGCAUUAUGUGUCCUGGGAAGGUCACAGCAAAUGUUUCUUCAACCCUCUAAGAAAUCAGUGAAAGAAAUCAACUGCAAAUUCUGAUACAAAUGGGUACUACCUUCCUACAUUUCAAAUAUUUGAGUACGAAAUUUCAAAAUCUACUCAGGUGAAGAUUGCUUUGCAAUGAAACUUAUUGAAAUUUUCACUGUUAAAUAAAUUUAUUUGUGAUAUUUUUAAAUACAAACUUUCACAUUAGUAGUCAGCAGCCUGAAAAUUGAAAUUCGUUAAGUUGGUAUAUUUUUAAAUAUAUACUUGCCCUCCAAAAAGAAUUGUUUUAAACAGUUGGGAGGAAUUUUUCAUUUAAUGCAUUUUUUAUUGUCGUUGUAAAAAUAAAACCUUGCUUGAACCCAUAUUAUGCCAUGAAUGAAUUGCUGAGCCUUUAUUAAUACAUGAAAGCUGUUUCAUGCAUAAUUAUGGAACAUAGAAAUGUUCUUUAAACUGACCUAUUCAUUAAGAGGUUAAAGAAUUUUACAGCUCCUGAUAUUAUCAUCAUAUAGUUAACCUUAUUUUAUAAUACAACUGUGUAUUGUUAUACUAAAGGAAGUUGUUUUGUUUUUUUUAAUUUUAAUUGAAUUACUAGAUUAUAUUGGCAAAUUCUGCUUUUUAAAUGUGGACACUGGCUGUAUGAAAAUAAAAAAAAUACAGAAUACAGUUUUAUGAAUAAUUUCCUAGCUGAGUUUUUUCACAAUAUUCUGAAGCAAAUAACUAGUGGUAAAUGUUUUUAAACUAUGAUAUGUAGAUUAAUAUUAGAAAAGGAUGUCUGAAAUUAAUAGUUUGUUAUACACUCAUCCGGUAAUAAUGGAGUCUUCACUAUAGCAUGUUAUUUAUUAGAAAGUGCCAAAAUGCAGGAGUCAAAAGUUGUCCAGUAUUUUAGACUUGAAAUGUGUUUAACAUGGAGCUAAAAUAACUGAUUUUGUUUUUCCUUUACAGAUGAGAUUCUAUUAGCCCAUCCUUUGUGGGAUUUUUUUUCCCCCCAUUACUCAAUGAUAGUGCUUGUUCUGUUUUGUUACCAGAGCACUGCUGAGCUCUGGCUUAUAGUGGUGGUGGAGACUCAACCUGAGACCCUUGAUGCUUCAAAGUCUGCAUAGCUAUGUUUCCAGCCAGGUAGUUUUGUUUUCAUCUACCUACUACCUUGCUAGUUCCUUGUGGCCAGUAGAACACAUUAUAAGAAGGCUGUCUGCAUUUAGGAAUACAGUCUGGUUCCUUGCACCAAAUAUAAACUAGUUGAACUUUAAGGAGAUUAAUCUUAGCUCCCUGGCUUUUAUAUUUAUUUAUUAGCAUAGUACUUUAGUAGAUACAACAAUAUCACUGAUAAACCCUAGUUUUAUUUGAGUUAUUGUGAAUGGAAGGGAGAGGGCUGGGGAAGUAACCCUUCAUGAUAAUUU